CCAACAUCAUCCACCCAUCCAUUACCCUCGCACAUCAAAUUGCUGUGCUGCGAGGCCGUCCCGCUGCGAGGCCGUCGCCCUGCGAGGCCGUCCCGCUGCGAGGCCGUCGCCCUGCGAGCACGUCCUUCAGGAGCCCAGCUUCCUCCCAUCUCCGUGGAAUCGGCGGGGGCUUUCGACUAGCGUGAGAUCUUCGCUCCUCGUUCCGUACGUCGCGUUGCCUUCCUUCGCAAGCAACGCGUAUUUGCGAAGCGGGCUAACCAUGGACCAAAUCGCCGAGGGUGGGGGGCCGCAGACGAGGCCGGAAAGCGAGAGCAGGAGGCGUAAGCGCAGGCGAUCUCCAUCUAACCGGGGGCUAUCCCCCUCCUCCCGCCAAGCGGGCGCUGCCGGCAACCGAUCUACCGUUGCCGGCGGCGCGACCGCCUCCCAGCGGAGACGACGGCUACGGUCAGACGGCCACGGCACGAGGACCGGUGGUGGUGCGGUGCCGAGAGCGGGAGACACUGGCCAUGAGCUCGGGAGUACGCGGAGAGUGCGGCGGGCGGAGGAAGGCGGUCGGAGGCGACGAAAGGCAAAGAGGCGGUGCAUGGCUGGCGCAAGGAGGAAGCCCGCGGAGGCGGAGGCGGAGGCGGAGGCGGAGGGGGAGGGGGAGGGGGAGGGGGGGGCGGAAGCAGAAGCGGAAGCGGAAACGAAAGCGGGAGCGGGAGCGGAAGCGGGAACGGGAGCGGAAAUCCGCGCGGGGGGGAGCGCGGGGGGUCUUGCGCGAACUGGCGGCGGGUGCAAGAGGAAGCGGCAGGGGAGGGGUAGCAAGGCGGGGAGGAGCGUUGGCGGAUCUUCCAAGUCCGCUGCAUCCGCAUCUGGUUGCGCCAUGGCUGAUGAUGUCACGGCUGCAGGCCCUGAUGACGACGAUGGUGGUGAGGAUGGCGACGCGAGCGGGGAGGACGGCGAGGAGGGAGAGGAGGGAGAGCAGAAGGAGGAGGAGGAGGAGGAGGAGGAGGAGAAGGAGGAGGAUGAGAUGUGUCUGAGCGCGGAGUCAGCACGUAAGAAGCUCACGGACCGCGUGUGCUGCCCGAUCUGCCUGGAGGCGCCGCACAACGCGGUGCUGCUCGUGUGCGCGUCGCUCGAGAAGGGCUGUCGCACGUUCGUGUGCGACACGAGCCACCGCCACUCCAACUGCUUCGACCACUUUCGCAAGUCGCAGCAAGCGGCAUCUGCGGCGGCGGCGUCUGCGGCGGCGGCUGCUGCUGCCGUUUUCCCAGCCCCCCCGGCCGAAGCCAGACCCAGUGGAGCUGCCGGGGUUGGCGAGGUUGGCGGCGGUGUUGGCGCGAGCGGCGGGAACGCUGCGGUGACCCCCGGGUCUGGGGGAGCCGCCAGCGCAGCCGCGGGCACUGCUGGAACUGCGGCUGGUUCUGGAGCCGGCGCUGGCUCCGCGCCUGCCGCGUCUGCCGCCUCUGCAGACUUGCCAUUCAACCCGCUAGGCAUCCCCGAGCCGUCGACGCGCAUGGGAGGGGAACAGCGCGGAACGGCAGGAGGAGGAGGAGGAGGAGGAGGAGGAGGAGGAGGAGGAGGAGGAGGAGGAGGAGGAGGAGGAGGAGGAGGAGGAGGAGGAGGAGGAGGGGGAGCAGGGGAGAGAGGGGGAGGCGGAGGGGGAGGCGGAGGGAGAGGCGGAGGGGGAGGCGGAGGGAGAGGCGGAGGGGGAGCGGCGAGUGGCGGAGGUGCAGGCCCAGGCGAGGGGUGGCGGGUUCAUGUGACUGUGACAGUGGGUUCACCCCCUCGCUCGUCGUUCAGGGACCGGCGCCUAGGAGCGGAAGUGUUGGGCGGCCGCGCCAACUCCAGGCCCUGGGACAUCUUCCCCUCCGCGCGCCGCCCUUUCGCUGCUUCUGCGGCAGCCGCCAGGGCCGCCCGCGAGGCCAUGGGCGGGGGAAUCGGCGGAAGUGGGGCAGCGGGAGGGAGCGCGGGCGGGAGUGCGGGCGGGAUUGCGGGCGGCGUGCGGUCGGCGGGUGGUGAAUACAGCAGUAGCAGCAGCGAGAGCGAGGAGGAGGGGGAGGAUCGAGAGGACGACACGUGGAGCAGCAGCAGCAGCGGUAGCGGCAGCGGUGGGAGCAUGAGCAGUCAGGAGCGCAAUGGCAGCAGCAGCGGCGGCAACAGCAGCGGCAGCAGCAGCAGCGGCGGCGGCGGGUUCAGUGGCAGCAGCGGUAGCAGCGGCGACGGGGGGAGUGAGGAGGAAGGGCAUGGAGGAGCGGUCGCAGGCGAUGCUGGCGGUGGCGCGCUUAUCGUCAUCAGCGACGAUGACGACGACGACGACGACGACCAUGGCGACCAUGGCGACGAUGGCGACAGCCCCAGGCGUCGCUCGCAAGCCAGGCGACCGGCUUUGGCUGCUGGAAACGCCGGUGCAGAUGCUGCUGCUGCGGGUACUGCUGCUGCUGCUGCUGCUGCGGCUGGUGUUGGCGUUGACGAUACUGCUGCUGCUGCUGCUGCUGCUGCUGCUGCUGCUGGUCGUGGUACUGGGCCCAGCGGCAGGCGGCUCGGCCAUCGCCGUCAGCGGCGGCGCCUGUGCCGCGCGGACGACACGAAUGGCGCGGGUCAGGGAGGCGGGGAGGCGGAAGAACUGGGGGAGGGGAACGCGGCGACAGGAGGGGCGCAGGGGGAGGCGGCGGAAGAGGGGGAGGCGGGGGGAACGGGGGGAGCGGGGGGAGCGGGGGAGGAGGCGGAUGAGGACGUUCGGGAAGUGAGGCUAAGCGCGGAGGACAAGGGCAAGCGGGUGAUUGGCGACGCGCCUGCGCGCGGCAGGACCAGGUCAAGAUCGGGAUCGAGAUCGGGAUCGAGAUCGGGAUCGAGAUCGGGAUUAGGCUCGGGCUUAGGUUCGGAAUUACCGUCGGGAUCUAAGCACGGUGCGCCAGGGUUGACGAGGCGGAGGGGGAUAGCGGCGACGCGGCGGCGCGAGGAGGACGCGGGGCUCCGCGGCGUGAGCCGGUCGUUCCUUCGAGCACUCGGACAGGGGCAGCUGCUGCUGACGGCGGGCGGGAAGGGCGAGGGCGAGGGGAAGGGCAAGGGGGAGGGCAAGGGGGAGGGGAAGGGGGAGGGGAAGGGGGAGGGCACGGGGGAGGGGACGGAGGGAAUGGGGGGCACGGGAGAGGGUAAAGGUGGGGAUGAGGCUGGAGAGGACACGGAAGGAGGUGGCGACAAGGGCGGGAGGGCAGGGAAGGGGAAGGAGAAGGAGAAGGAGGAGGAGAAGGAGGAGGAGAGUGGGAAGGGGAGCCGGGGUGAGAGGAGCGCGAUCUGCAGCCAUGGGUACCAGGAGUGUGCGGGGCAGAGCAUGCAGGGGAAGGGGAGUAACAAGGCGGGUAGGAUUGGGGGAGAAAAGGGUAAGAAGCACGGUCGCGGCGGCCGCAGUUUCGAGUCUCGAGACGCCACGGCGUGUUUCACUGGCGGGGAGCUUCACGGGUUGUGUUUCUCCCGCGUUCCCCCCGCGGAGUCCGCCUCCCUGCGCUGCCCGAUGUGCCGCUGCCCUGUCUUGGGGUGGUUCGUCCACAAAGACGUGCGUGCGCUCCUGAACGCCGUUCCGCGCGCUUGCGCGCACGAGAGCUGCGCGUUCGCGGGCGCGUAUCCCGCUCUCCGCGCGCACGCGCGCUCCGCGCACGCGCAGGCGCGCCCGCCCGCGGAGGCGGACCCCGCGCGCGUGCGCCGGUGGCGGAGACUGCAGAGCCAGCAGGAGGUGGGGGACGUGGUGAGUAGCAUCCGCGCCGCCAUGCCUGGCGCUACUAUAAUAGGCGACUAUGUGAUUGGCGGGGAUAGUGACGAUGAUGACGAUCUCUUGGGCGGGUUUGGCGGGCUGGGGGGACUCGAAGGGGGGAGGUUCGGCGCAGGGGGAGUAUUUGGUGGAGGAAGGGAGGAGGGCGAGGAGGAGGGGGAGGAGGGCGAGGAGAGGGAAGCGAGAGCAGCAGCAGCAGCAGCUGGGGCUGCAGACAGGGAUGCAGCGGAGGAAGGAGAGGAGGAAGACGAAGUGGAGGAGGAGGAAGGGGAAGAGGAAGGGGAAGAGGAAGAGGAGGAGGAUGAGGAUAUGGAUUUCCCAGGUGACAACGGUAGUCUAUGGACGGCCAUGCUGCUGCUGACAGCCGGCAGCAGCAGCAGCGCUUCCAUCUGGAACCCGCCCCUCUUCUCCUCCGCGCCCAUCUUUGCCCGCCGCCGCCCUGCCCCUUCCCCCCUGCCCCCCCACACCCGCCGCAGCCUCCUCAGCACUCUCCCCGCCCCUCGCAGGGGGGGGAGGGAGUGGGAGGAGGAGAGGGACGGGGAGGAGGGAGGGGAGGCGAGGAGGAGGGGGGGAGAACCUGGUGAGGGGGAUGGGACUGGGGAUGCUGCCGAGGGGGGGAGGAGGGAGAGGGAGAGAGGGGAGGAGGAAAGGGGGGAUGGAGGGCGAGGGAUGGGAGAGAGGGCGGCAGAAGGGAGGGCGUUGGCCCGUGGGAAUGCGACGACGGGUAUGAGGCAGAGGUUGGAGGAGCUAGAGGCGAGGCUGAGGCUGAGCAACGCGUUCGCAUCUGCAAGCACUGCUCGUGCAUUGGGUGCUGGGUCCCGAGAGCCCUUUCGACGAGGAAUCACCGCAACCACACGAUCAGCACCGCCUGCUGCUGGUGCUGCUGCUGGUGCUGCUGUUGGUGCUGAAGGUGCCGGUGCUGGUGAUGGGGCUGCUGCUCGUGCUGGGUCUGAAGCCAACGCCGGUUCGGGUGCUGAUUUGGGCACUGGCACGGGCACUGGCACGGGCACUGGCACGGGCACUGCUUCAGAUGCUGCUCCAGUGCUUCCUUGGGGAUACGUGGGGGCAAGGAUGGGAGGGCCGAGUUGGCUCGCUGGGCGCAACAACAGCGGCGGCGGCGGCAGCAGCAGCAGCAGCAGCAGACGUGGUAGGUGGGGGGACUUAGAGCCUCUAGGGAGGGCGACAGGCAUGGGAACUGGUGCUGCCACUGCUGGAGGUGCUGCUGUGGACCGCAUCCAUGCUGCUGCUGCUGGUGCUGCCGCUGCUGCUGCUGCUGCUGCUGCCAAUGGUGCUGAGCUUGCUGCCAGCGGUGGCAGUGUUCGGUCGAGGUCAGUUGGGCCUACAUCUGGCCGUGGCAGCAGCAGCAGCAGUGGUCUCGUGGGGCGUGCACUGAAUCUGGCCUUGGAGCGAGCAAGGCGAGAGCGGGAGAGGGCGCAGGAGUCAAGGAGACGCGGUGAGCGAGACGUGUGGGGAGAAGCAGGAGGGGUUGCAGCAGGAACGGGGGGAGCAGAAUCAGGAGCAAGAGGGGGAGGAGGGGGGAGGUUUGGGAGGUUUGGGAGGUUUGGGAGGUUUGGGAGGUCUGAUCGGCUGCGGAGUAUGCUGACUGGGGAGGAGAGUGGUGAGGGUGCGGAGGGGAUGGCGCGGGGAGGAGAUGAGGAGGAGGAUGAGGGGGUGCAGGAGGUGGUGGAGGAGGAAGACGAUGAGGUUGACGAGAUUAAGGAUGGCGACGCGGAGGAGGGGGAAGGUGAUGGUGGUUGUACCAAUCACAGUGGUGCUGCGGGCGGUGGCGGUUCUGCUGCUAACGAUGCUACUGCAGCCACCACUGCUGCUGCUGCUGCAGCUGCCCCUGUUGCUGCUGCUUCAGUAGCUGUUGGUGGUAGCCGCAGUGUUCCCAGGACGUCACGUGUGCUUCGGUCUGCUCCGCGUGCUGCUGAAGCAGCCGCUGCACCUCCUACACGUGCCGCCACGCGUGCAGCAAGGAGCUCAGGUUUGUCCUCGUCCCGUGCUAUCGCCGCCAACCCUCCCAUCCUUGCCACCGCCAGCAGGCUCAGGGUGCAAGGGGUCCCUCCUAGGACCGUAAGCACCAGGGCUUCUGCUGCUGCAGCGGCUGCGGCAGCGGCUGCGGCAGCGGCAGCUGCUGCUUCUGCGUCCGCAGGCAACACCAGUGCUGGCCAUGCUGGGAGUAAUAGUGGGUAGGCCGUGUCUGGUGCUAGUGGUGCUGGUGCUACGGUGUUGCUUCUAGCAGCAAUGCAGUGCAAGUGAGCCCUUCUGUGUGCAGUAGGCCUUUGACAAUGCUUCCUCCCAAGAGAGCACGUACUCCCGUAUUUGCUUUCACUCAUGCAUUAAAGCCAUGCUUUUGCUCACUUGCCUUGUGCUGGCCUACUCUUCCUGUUACCUUUCCUGCUUACCUUUUUAGGCCGCCAUUGUCAUGUACUCCAAUUUCUGAAGUAUAGGACCACCCAACCCAACUC